AUGACGUCGUUGGUAUGGAUGGUUUUGAUUGGAAUGGCUUGGGCUGCGGAGCCAAAUUCCUUCAGGAGUAUUCUUAUAGAACGCGCCUGUGAAAAACGACCGGAUUUGGAUUUCUGUGGACCAUCAUCUCCUGCACAGCCACUCUCAAGUUCAGUUGUUCCUCUCGUGGUCCCUCCAAUGCCCACAACAACUGCAUCAACAACAACGACGACUACUGAAAAACCAUCAACAACAGCAUCAUCCACUACCACUGAUUCUCUGAACUUCGACGAUGAUUCUGACAGCAAUUCCACGUCUUCCACUGAGCACGAAAAGUUGGGAAGUUUGGUGAAACUUCCGAAGCCAGAAAAGUCAAGUACCGAGAAAGUGGUUGACCAAGUAAUCGAACACAGUGGAAUCGCCACUUCUGAUGAGCCUCCGAAGAACUCUUCAUCCGUUUCAGAAGUGAAAAUUGAAGACGAAAAAGGAGUUCUCGUGUUUGUGAGCGAAUACUGUGUUGUCGAAAGAGAACGAUUUGUCCGAGGAUGUCAUGGGGAUAUUGACAAGAAGGAGGAAACCUUCUGUAAAACUUAUGUGGCUGCAUGUGCAUCUACUACAGGAGUGCUACCUGUCAUGACUUACUGUGCUCGGUACUACACAUACUAUCCAACUCAUUGUAAGACACAACUAGUGGAGAGGAAUGCUCUACAGUUCUGUUUUGCAUUUGAACAGUUCUGUCUGCCAGAGAAAACUGCCGCACAAGCACAGUCCCAAAAACCAAAAUCUUCUCUCCGGAAGUGCGAAGAUGUGCUGCCUGAAGCGAGAAAGGUCUGCAAUCCGUUCCCCAACCCGAAGGACACUUUCAAUCUACUCCGAUGCACACAUUUCUUGACGAAUUGUAAAAAGUUUGUGGAUUGGUUGUAA